AUGCAUGUGCCAGAGCUAAUGUCCAAACGAACAUUACCAGAUCCAGUGAUCGCAGGUAAAUUUGUUUGUCAAAUAAGAUAUUCAGAAGAACUAUUGAUAUUGAAUACAAUAUUCUCAUUUAUUCAUGUGUUCAUGCCUGUUUCACUUAAUAUGUUGGCUAAUUGUUUAAUUUUGGCUUCAAUUAGCCGUCGAAAAGCCAAUAUUCAUAGAACAAGAUAUUGGUCACAAUGGAUUAGACAGUUUCAUCGUCAUGGUCAUCUCUUUAUUUCACCAACAUUAACUAUAGCAUGUAUUUUACCACAAUUGGUACUUACAUUAUUAUUCUCAUGUGUCGAUAUCAACACAAAAAAAUAUCCAACAUUAAGUACGAAUCAGGUUAUACAAAUUUUAUUAUUACGUGAAGAUUUAACAAAACAAGAAGCAACAGAUACAGAUGAUGCAGCUGUAGCAUAUAUGCCACGUGUUAAUCAAGGUAUUCUAUUUGAAAUUAUGGAAAUUGUUAAUCAACCAAAUUAA